AUGCCAAAAGGUGAAGAUUUCAGACCUGAAAUUGAUAUGGCAAACCCAGGUUUCAAAAUAGGUUUAAAGUUUGCAACUGCCGAGUUGUUUAGAAAAGCUGUGAGGAUAUACUCCAUUAAUUGUGGAAGGGAGUUGAUAUUUAUGAAUAAUGACCGUAACAAAAUAAGAGUAGUAUGUGAAGAGGGCUGUCUUUUUGUUAUCCAUGCUUCAAGUGUUAGUGGUAGCACUUACCUGCAGGUGAAAACCUUUAAUCCUACACAUGUUUGUAGUAAGGGGACUAAAAAUAUACAUGCCACUGCUGCCUGGUUGGCUGAAAGAUAUUCAGGGAAGUUAAGGCUCAAUCCAAAUUGGACUGGUUCUUCUUUUGCAGAGCAAGUUCACCAAGACUAUGGUUAUAGACCAUCUAGAGCAACUUUGUACAGAGCAAGAGCCUUGGCAGUUGACAUUGUAGAGGGGUCUUACAGUAAACAAUAUGAAGUAUUGUGGGAUUAUUGUCAUGAGUUAAGAACCAGAAAUGUGGGAAGUACAGUUAUCAUUAAAUCUGAAAUGGAAGGGCCUCACCCUAGGCAAGUGCUUUCUGCAAUGGGAGUUGAUGCAAACAACGGAAUGUUUCCACUUGCCUAUGCAUAUGUAGAGAUUGAGAGCAAUUCAACAUGGCUGUGGUUUUUAGAAUUAUUGAGUGGUGAUCUGAAUAUAACAAAUAGCCAUGGUUAUGUAUUUAUGACUGACAAACAAAAAUGGUUAAUAGAUGCUGUGGAUGCUCUAUUCCCUCAUGCAGAGCAUAGACAUUGUUUGAAACAUCUAUAUGGAAACUUCUAUAUGGAACAUAGAGGUCUUGCUUUGAAACAUCAAAUGGAAGCAAUUGCUAGGGCCACAACAGUGCCAUGGUUUCAUGCAGAGAUGAGAAAGUUGUUGGAGUUGUCUAAACCUGCACAUGAUUGGCUUGUAGAGAAAGAUCCUGCGCAAUGGAGUAGGGCAUAUUUCAAGAGUGAUUCCAAGUGUGACAUGCUUAUGAACAACCUAUGUGAGGCAUUCAACCAUAGCAUAAUGGAUGCUAGAGACAAGCGUGUUUUGACUGUGCUAGAAAGAAUUCGGUUGUAUAUAAUGUUGUUGAUGGCUGGAAUAAGGGUUUUCUGUGAGAAAUGGCAUGGACAAGUUGGGCCAAGAAUUAGAAAGAUAUUAGAGAAAAACAAAGGAAAAGCUUAG